UGAACUUAGACCGUCGACUAGUCAACCAGCGGCUAUCCAGCAACGGACCCUUCUCUCACAGUAUUGAUAUGGGGGCUUAUUACGAUGAGAUUGAAAUUGAAGAUAUGGCAUGGGAUGAGGUAAAAGGUGUCUACCACUAUCCGUGUCCCUGCGGCGACCGCUUCGAGAUCUCUCGCAAGCAGCUUGCCAACUGCGAGGAUGUCGCGACGUGCCCGAGCUGCAGUCUGAUCAUUAGAGUUGUAUACGAUCCACUUGAUUUUGAAGACGAACCUCCAGAUGACGAGGGGUCUGCAUCGGAGGAAAGUGAAGAGAGUGAGGAGGAAGAUGACGAUAGUGAUGCCGACAAGUUCGAGGAUGCUCUUGAGAAGCUUACUCUAUCUGAGCCGGCGGCGGCGGCUGUUGCAGCAGCAGCAUGAGAUAUUAAUCUCCUCGCUCGUUCCCUGUCGAUCAUCGCUGCAGACGGCCCUGGACAACAUUCUAUGGCACAUUAAAAUUACAAUAUUAAUUCAUCGGACCUAUACUCUAUUGGACAUAGUCCCUGUCACGACUCGCCAUGGCCCGCUGUCGAUGUGAAUCAGUUUCCUUCUCAUCUUCUUAGGGAACAACUUGAAGGGCGCACUUAUCCAUUCCAUCAUUCUGAUAUCCGCCGCAUCUGUCUUCAUAUCAGUGAAAUCUCCCCUACCGACUUAUCGAUAAUUUUUCUCAAUCCGUUUAACGUCGUAUCUUGUGAUUGGGUAGAUACAAGGUCCUUUAAUCCGCAGCUUAUGGGAGAGAUGGCGAUUCCAC